CGAAUGGAUAAUUUGUUCUCUUGGUAUAUAAGUUCUUAUCAUUAUAUAAACUAAGAGAAGAAAAAAAAAGAGAGAAAGAAUACUGCUUUCUUUGUCUGUUUGAAAACAUUGUCUAUAUACUGGCUAUUGUAUCACAUGAUUAUACCCCCUUAUAUAUCACCAUAGCAGCCAUCGUAGCAACAUCAACUCCGCUGUACUUCUUUCACUUAUACGUUACUAUGCUAUCGCGAACAUCGCCUCUUGUGUUUGACACUACAACACUAUCACAUUUUAGUAGGAGGUUGCUCAAUUAUCCUAAACUUAAACUAAAAUAUAAAUCUGAUGUCAAAGAAGCAGCUGUCCUUGUGCCUUUAUGUAUUGAUCAAGGGAAACCAAGUGUGUUGUUUACUAUCCGAAAUAUGAAUAUGAGAACACACAAAGGCGAAAUAAGUUUUCCAGGUGGAAAAACAGAUGAUACAGAUCCUUCUACGGAAUAUACUGCGUUAAGAGAAUCACAAGAAGAGAUUGGUUUAGAGCCUAAAACUGUAGACAUCUUGGGCAGAUAUUCAGCAUUACCUAAUCAGACAGGUUCCUUACGCGUGCAUCCUUAUGUAGGAUUUAUCAAGGGACAAGUAUACUUGGAUCGAUUCAAUCCAGACGAAGUAUCGAGUGUGUUUACCCUACCUAUAGAAUACUUGAUCCGGCCUGAAGUACGGGAAAUAAGGCAAUUCCGUGAAAGUAAACAUAAAUAUACUGUAUUUAAAGUACCAGAGCACUUUGAAGGAGAAAAAGAGAUAUGGGGAUUAACAAGCUUCAUCUUAGACGGUAAAUAGAUCCAUGUAAAAAAGUAUAGACAGCUUAUGUAUAUAUAUAUAGGGGUUUUUCGCAAAAUGAUUCCAGAGUAUUAUAAAUAAAUUCCCCCC